UCUUGUAUCUCCAUAUUUAAUUAUCGCUUUUCAAUCCAAUGUUUACAGCUCAAGGCGUCCUCAACACAUAUUUUCAUUUGCAUGCCAGAAUAGAAUGAUCUUCUUGUAUGAAAUGUUUGCUCCGGCAACUGAACAGGGAUGAAAAGACCCUGUGCAGAAUGUAUAGUUGAUUGCUGCAUUAUGGGAUUUGCACUUCCUAUAACCUUCCAUGUAAACAUUUCCCCACAGGAUGAACGUAUUGUGAAGGAAAUAGACAUCAGCAACCAUGUGAAAGAAGGCUUUGAAAAAGCAGAUCCCUCUCAGUUCGAAUUGCUCAAAGUCCUGGGCCAGGGAUCUUAUGGAAAAGUCUUUCUUGUCAAGAAAAUCAAGGGCUCUGAUGCUGGGCAACUCUAUGCUAUGAAGGUACUUAAAAAGGCCACUCUGAAAGUGCGUGAUCGAGUCAGAUCUAAGAUGGAGCGGGACAUCUUGGCUGAGGUCAAUCACCCUUUCAUAGUAAAGUUGCACUAUGCAUUCCAGACUGAAGGAAAAUUGUAUCUGAUUUUAGAUUUUCUAAGAGGUGGUGACCUUUUUACAAGAUUAUCCAAAGAGGUGAUGUUUACAGAAGAAGAUGUCAAAUUCUAUUUAGCUGAGCUUGCCUUGGCUCUGGAUCAUCUCCAUGGCCUUGGAAUCAUUUAUAGAGACUUAAAACCAGAAAAUGUACUUCUGGAUGAAGAUGGACAUAUUAAAAUAACAGACUUUGGGCUCAGCAAGGAGGCCGUUGACCACGACAAGAGGGCCUAUUCCUUCUGUGGGACAAUAGAAUACAUGGCUCCCGAGGUAGUCAACCGACGUGGCCAUGCUCAAAGUGCAGAUUGGUGGUCCUUUGGUGUUUUAAUGUUUGAAAUGUUGACGGGGUCAUUGCCUUUCCAAGGCAAGGACAGAAAGGAAACCAUGGCAUUAAUCCUCAAAGCCAAACUGGGAAUGCCACAAUUCUUAAGCCCAGAAGCCCAAAGCCUUUUGAGAGCACUUUUCAAGCGGAAUCCUUGCAACAGACUAGGUGCCGGAUCUGAUGGAGUUGAGGAGAUAAAACGCCACAGUUACUUUGGAACUAUAGACUGGAACAAGUUAUACAGGAAGGAAAUUAAACCACCAUUUAAACCAGCUGUAGGAAGACCAGAAGAUACAUUCCACUUUGAUCCUGAAUUCACGUCAAGGACACCAACAGAUUCACCUGGUGUCCCACCAAGUGCCAAUGCACAUCAGCUUUUCAGAGGCUUCAGCUUUGUUGCCACCAACCUUGGCCAAGAGCAAACUCAGGCUAAUUCUCGACAGCUGAUUGAUCAUUCAAUGGUGCAGCAGUUACACGGGAAUAGUAUUCACUUCACUGAUGGUUAUGAGCUGAAAGAAGAUGUUGGCGUUGGAUCGUUCUCAGUAUGCAAGCGAUGUGUCCAUAAACUCACAACUGUGGAAUACGCCGUGAAGAUUAUUGAUAAAAGCAAAAGAGAUCCAUCAGAGGAAAUUGAAAUUUUACUGCGAUACGGACAGCAUCCAAAUAUUAUCACCUUGAAGGAUGUGAGUAGAUUAGUCACAUUGUUAUUUCACAGCAAUAAGCAGGGCACACUCUGACAUUUGUUAACACUUAUGUAUGAGGCAUGACCAAAUUAUUUUUCUCCCAUAUCCCUCAUCAUAAGCAUUUAUUAAAACUGGAUUUUGAUCGGUUUAAUUUAUUUUAGUUCAGAGAUACAGCGCAGAUACAGCGCAGAAACAGGCCGUUCGGCCGACACAGUAACACCCACUCGGGACAAUUUUACAUUUACAUCAAGCCAAUUAACCUACAAAUCUGUACGUCUUUGGAGUGUGGGAGGAAACUGUAGAUCUUGGAGUAAAACCCACGCAAGAUCUUUCUUUGAGCAUGAGUCAAUGAAAAGAAAUACAUCAUUCUCAUUUCAGCAUAUUUCCUUAUGAUAUUGAAGGAGGUCGUCUCGUUGCAUUUUGUCUCUGCCAAUUUUAUUUUUAGUUUAGUUUAGUUUAGAGAUACAGUGUGGAAACAGGCCCUUCGGCCCACCGGGUCUAUGCUGACCUGCGACCCCCGCAUACUAACACCAUCUGACACACACUA